UGGCCUGCGAGGAGGGUCCGCCUGGGGCCGCCCGGCGGCUCGGGCAGGGAGAGCCUGGAGCUGAAGGACAUCUUUAUUGCGGUGAAAACGACGAGGAAGUAUCACAAGACCCGGCUGGAGCUGCUGUUCCAAACCUGGAUCUCCCGGGCGAGAGGACAGACGUUCAUAUUCACAGACUGGGAGGAUCGAGAGCUGCGCCUGAAAGCAGGGGAUCAUAUGAUCAACACCAACUGUUCUGCUGUCCACACCCGGCAAGCUCUGUGCUGCAAGAUGUCUGUGGAAUAUGAUAAAUUCCUGGAAUCUGGACAAAAGUGGUUUUGCCAUGUGGAUGAUGACAACUAUGUGAAUCCACGGACUCUCUUGCGUCUCUUAUCUGCCUUCUCACCCAGCCAGGAUGUCUACGUGGGGCGACCGAGUCUGGACCAUCCCAUUGAAGCAGCUGACCACGUCCAAAGCGAUGGAUCAAAGACAAGCGUGAAAUUCUGGUUUGCCACAGGUGGAGCAGGAUUCUGUAUCAGCAGAGGUCUUGCUCUGAAGAUGAGCCCCUGGGCCAGCCUGGGUAACUUCAUCAGUACUGCAGAAAGAGUGCGUCUUCCUGAUGACUGCACGAUUGGCUACAUCAUCGAAGGGCUGCUUGAAGUAAAGCUGCUGCACAGCCCAUUGUUCCAUUCCCAUCUGGAAAAUUUGCAGAGACUACAGGGCGAGUCUGUGCUGCAACAGGUAACUCUAAGUUAUGGGGACCCCGAGAACAAACACAAUGUUGUGAGUGUGGGAGGAGUGUUUGGACUUCAGCAAGACCCAACCAGAUUUAAAUCUGUCCACUGUCUUCUCUAUCCUGACACUAUUUGGUGCCCCAAUAAGAAGAUGUCAUAACUUUUGACCAGUCGUUGACACCUUUAUCCUACCUACUUUGCAUAAAGCAAGAGUUGUGAUGGGCUUUUUUUCUUCUGGGACACAAACAGACGUAUCUAAGAAGGAGGUAGACUUUGUACAGAAGCAAGACUGACUGGGUAAUUAUGGCAAGAAGGCAUUUAUUCAGCUGCAGCCUGGGACAUUCCAGAGAAGAAAAUCUUCUGUUUCUUGUCCAGUGGCUCUUCAUAUGAUGGCUCCAGUCAUAGCUGUACAAGUCACUUUAUGCUUUCAUCUGAUGUCACAUGAGCCCUGUUUAUCAUGUGAAUCUGUGCUCGGAUACAUCCUAGGCGAAUGCAGUACUUAGAAUGAUAGCAUCCUUACUGCUGUUAGCAGCUUUCAGAGACCGUUGUCUUGAAGCUGGAGUGUUUAAGCAGACUGCAGUCCCAUGGUGAUGGGGGGAUGAAGUUUCUGCUUGUCUUCUUUGUGAACAGGACUUAAGAACUGCUGUGGCAUGCCGUAUUAUGCCUCCUCCACCUGUGAGCUGAAACGUGGUCUGUUUGUAAACACCAGAAGUCCAGGAAUUGCUAAGGUAGACAAGGGUGAAAGCCUUUGUCGUGGGAAAAACCCCAUGUAAGGGUAAACUGACUCAGGACUGCAUGAGAGUUGCUUACAGUGCACGUUCUUCCCAGCAGUCUUUGUGUACCUCCCAUGGAGGUGAUUGUCAGACUUGGCACUCUUACCACUGAAUGGCAGUGGCUGUUGAAUAUGAUGGUGGUCUGCUAGGUCCAAGACUAUUCCCUUGGUAUUUGAUACUGAAGAAGUAUUUGCCAGACUAGUUGGUAACUGUUUCUCCUCCUUUGCCCUCAGCAGGUUAGGUGAGCUAGAGCACGCCCAUUGGCUGAUGAAACACCCUGUUUUUGAAGUUGUGCUGUAUCCUUUACUGCCUGUGAGGGAGGAGGAAUGCUAGAUAGCUGUAGCACCAAGAAGGUUUUUGAUGAUAUCAUUUGAGGUCUUUUAAUGGUGUGUUUGUGGUUACCCCACUUCAGCUUCUUGAGGUAACCUUUUGAGACCGGUGUUUAUUUUUACUCUACAUCUUAAUGUUUCAGUAAGUAAUUCCAGCUCUUGGUAAAAGGAAACUGUAUGCUGAUAGAAAAGCAGGAGUCCAAUGCUGUAGCAAUAUCACCUGCUGCUGGAUUAUAAGUUAAAUAGGCUUAGUUUUGAAAAUGGAAGAAUUGAAACUUCAUAUGUUUAGUUUUAUUGCUCCCAACUUUGCCUUUGUGCAAUCUAUACCUGACGUGAAGAACAGCAUACAAAUGAUUUUGUAAAACCACUGAUUACUUUCAAACUCUUCAGAAAAUACUUGCAGGCUUAGUGCUAGAGGCUGAGUUUGGUGGAGAAUAAUAGCAUGAUGUUGUAUAACCUGAAACUAUGACUAAUGGCUAGAAUUCGGACCUAGCAAGUUUCAGAUUUCUAUCAGCUGUGCUGAGCUGUGCAUUUCAGCUAGUUGCUUAACUUCUUCCCAUUUGAAAAGUGGUAUCGUGUAGGCAAACACCUGCAGCGUAUUCAAGUAUGAAAUGUAGUGUAGGUGUCAGCCUCCUGUAAUAUAAUAUUCUCUGCUUUCUGUUUUUAAAGCAAACCUUUCAACAACUGGAUACAUUGUCCUCUUUGCAUGAUUUUAUUUAAUUUUACAGAGGAGCAAACAAGCUGACUACUUGCUACAGUCCAACAGCUUGUUCUUAAAUUUCUUUUCCUUUAUCUGCUAAGGCAGUGCUUUGACCAUGAAAUUCCAGCACAGGAAUAAGAGUGCUGCAGGCAAUUGGAUCAAAGUCCAGCACAGUGGCUGUUUCAAAACAGGAACAUCUGUAAUACUGACAGCCUGUUACAGAGCCUGGAGGACUUGUGGCAGGGUAGGUUGUGGGAUGUUCUACCUCUCCAUUGGGUGUUCUGCUCACUAGAACUGAGAUGUCCUGUGGUUCAAUGAUAUGUCAUUAAUAGCUCUGGAGAUCACUGGUAUCUAUAUAAACACUUUUUAAAAAACAUUUGGUGGGUUCUUGUUUUCAACCUCCUCGUAGCAAAAAGUUGUGAAGCUGCAUAAGCACUUGGUGAGACUUCAUCCUCAGUGAUCUCUGAGUUCUGCUAGAGCUUUUCUUCCCCUCCUACUAAAAGCAGCCUCCUGUCAGAUACUCCAGACAGCACAAGCUGGGUAGUGAUUAUGUAGCAAACUGCAGUUCAAAAAUGACAGCACUUCAUACUGAUGGCAGCAAAACUGAGUAGAAGUCCCAUACUGCAGUCACUUCCCAUCCUAAAUGGAGUUUGCUGCUUCUUUGUCAUGCCUAAUGCUGGUAGGGUGCUUAUCGAGCUGAAAAAGGACCACAUUCUUCUGUAUGACAAUGCAGGAUUGUUUGUGUUCAAGCUUCUUGUAAGGUUUCUCUUGUUCACAGUACAGUAGGCUCUGUAGAUAUACUGGGAUGCAGCUUCUUAAACUACUGUCUCAUACGUAAAAUGAUUCUAUGAAGUAAAUAUUUAAGAAUGUCAUAACA